CGGGCAACGGGCGGCCGCGGUGAGGGCCCGGCCCGGCCCGACCCGGCCAUGUCGUCCCUGCGCGGCGCCGACCCCGCGCUCCGCGGGUACUUCCAGCGCCACGGGCUGCCCGACGUCUACGAGGCUCUGCUAUGUGGUAUAUUUAUUAUGUGUCCAGAAGAUCCACUUAAAUUUUUAGAAGAAAAGAUCAGAGAAAUAAUGGAAAAAGGAUUAGAUGGUAUUUUAUGGGAUAUGUGUAUUGAUCCAUCCUUAAAGCUAGAAUUAAAGAGGAUUUCGGAAACUUAUCUGCACAUCAUUUUUGGACUAAAUGAUAAACAGCUGAUGACUGAAGAGUUAUGUGGCAAGGCAUGGAACUUUCACACCAGAAACUUAAAGAAUAUGUGUUUUCAAGCAUGGAUGCAGUAUUGUCUUUUGAAAAAAGAAGCUAGAAGAGAUGCAGAGCAGAACAUGGCUCUUGCAGCAGUUCACUAUAACUCCAGAAUAAUAAAAGUUAUUGUACAGAAAUGGAGUGGUUGGGUUCGGUUUCACAAGGAACAAAUGGCAUUGGCAGUCAGGAAAAUACAAUGGGUCUUUAAUGUUAAGUUGCUCAGAAUUAUCUUAAAGGCAUGGCAUGCAGAAGCGCAAAGUUCCGCAAAAACAAAAGCUUACUUUGAGCAAUUGGAAAAGGAAGACCAGGAAGAAUCUUUUGAUUUACAUCAUUGUUUCUCUUUAGAACUAAUCAAAGAGAAAACAGCAACCUCAAGAAUAGUCAACUAUGAAAAGUCAAAUUUACCAGAAAGAACAUUAUUACAGAUUUUUCACUACACAGACUUAAUUGAUCUGGCAAGGUGUGCUCAAGUUAGCCGAACCUGGAUGUCAGUAACACAAAAUAGUUCAUUAUGGAGUGAUAUUGAUUUUUCUGCAGUAAAACACAAGAUUCAAGACAAAACAGUAGUUAAUAUUUUGCAGAAGUGGCGUACUUACGUGUUACGUUUGAAUCUUCGUGGUUGUUCUUCUCUUCACUGGCCCAGCUUUAAAAGUAUUGGUGAAUGUAAAAAUUUGCAGGACAUAAAUCUCUCUGAAUGCCGGGAAUUAAAUGACGAAUCAAUGAGACUUAUCUCAGAAGGGUGUUCAGCUCUCCUAUAUUUAAAUUUGUCAUACACUGAUAUUACCAACGGGACACUAAGAGUUUUGUCAAGGAACUUCCCCAAUUUACAGCAUUUGAGUUUAGCUUACUGCAGAAAAUUCACAGACAAAGGUUUACGGUACCUGGCCUCCGGGAAAGGAUGUCACAAGCUCAUCUAUUUGGACCUUUCAGGUUGCAUUCAGAUCUCUUGUGAUGGCUUCAGAUAUAUUGCCAGUGGUUGCAAUAAAAUCCAGCACUUGAUAAUCAAUGAUAUGCCAACUCUUACAGACAGAUGUAUUCAAGCUUUGGUUGAAAAAUGUCAACAGAUUACAUCUGUUGUCUUUCUUGACUCCCCUCAUCUCUCUGACACAGCUUUUAAAGCCCUUGCUGAGUGUAAACUUGUCAAGGUCCGAAUUGAAGGGAAUAAUCGGAUUACUGAUUUGAGCUUCAAACUGAUGAGCAAAUCCUGCCCGUACAUCAAGCACAUUUAUAUGGCUGAUUGCCAGAAGAUUACCGAUGUUGGUCUUAAGAUAAUUUCAUCUUUGAAGUAUAUUCUUGUAUUGAAUUUAGCUGACUGUAUAAGAAUCAGUGAUGCUGGUGUAAAACCAUUUUUAGAAGGCUCCUCAGGCGCAAAGCUAAGAGAGUUGAACUUGACUAAUUGCUUCCAAGUCACUGAUGUCUCUGUUGUGAAAAUAGCCCAAAGGUGCCAUAAUCUGAACUACCUGAAUCUGCGAUAUUGUGAAAAUGUGACUGAUAUUGGCAUUGAGGCUUUAGGAAAUAUGUUGUCAUUGAUAUCCAUGGAUAUUUCUGGAACCAACAUCUCAGAUAUGGGCUUGGGAGCCCUUGGCAACAGUGGAAGAAUGAAGGAACUUUCUGUAUCAGAAUGUAAGAAGAUCACUGAUAUCGGGAUUCAGAAGUUCUGCCAAGGUGUGACAGAUCUACAAUACUUCAACGUCUCUUACUGCCCUCAACUGACAAAUGAAACUGCUAAAGCUCUGGCAUUGUACUGCCACAACCUUACGUCCCUCAACUUAGCUGGCUGUCCCAAGAUGACCGACUUGGGUAUUCAGUAUUUGUCUAAAGUCUGCCAUUACCUCCACUUCUUGGACAUCUCAGGCUGUAUAUGUCUUACUGACAAAGUACUGAAUUAUCUUUGGAAAGGGUGUACACAGCUCCGGAUUUUGAAGAUGUUGUACUGCCGAAAUAUUACCAAACAAGCUGUUCUGAAAUACUCAGCCAGGCUAGAGAAGCAAGAAUACAGCAAUGCUGAACCUCCUUCAUGGUUUGGGUAUAAUAAGCCUAGUACUGUGGUCAAGCCCCAGAAGAAACACACAACAGGACCUGAAAAAGCAAAAUUGUGGCCUCGGAAUGAAAAUGAAGAAGCUGCAUAAUAUCUUUUAUAUUUUAACCAUACUUUUUUUUUUUUUUUUUUUUUUUUUAAGGGAAUAGUCAUUUAAUAAAAGGAGUUCUUUCUAGUUGAACUGGUAAGAGUUAGUGCAAGUCAAGUCUUUGUAGCAGAAUAGUUGAGGCCUUCAUUUUAGGGCUGUCAACUAAACACUGUUAACAAGCACAAUUAAUAUAUUAAUUUGUUUUUGCAUUAAUUUUUUUAACAUGUUAAUUGCUACUGCUGGGUCCUGUGUACUGGGGGAAAAGUGGCCCAUCCCCUUCGCUGCUGCGCGCGCACACACACACACACACACACACACACACACACACACCCCCCCCCCCCCACCAAGCAGUCAGGCAGGGUCCUGGAAGCAGACUUGGCAGUGCAAUGCAGGUAAAUGUAUGGGGAGGGCAGGUGUUGAGGACAAUUUAGGGCGGGGAGGGGAGGGGAGGGGGGCAGGUGCCUGCUGGCCCUAGAGGAAGCUAUCCAGGCACUGGGUCUAUGGUAGGGCAGAUUGAAGUGCCCUUUGAGGGUUGUGGGGAGUUCCAGCAUUGGAGCUGGUGCCCCAUGCUUGCAGGGGCCAGGCAGCCCCAGGUGAUGCUGUUGAGGGGAGCAAGGGGCUGUGGGGUCAGGAGUACAGGGCACCAGCAGUGCCAGGGGAGUGUGAGUCAGGGUCAGGAGCGAGGGGCACCAGCAGUGCCAGUGGGUGGGGGUUGGGAAUGAGGUGUGCCCCCACCACAUGUCCUCGUUUUUGGAAAUGAAAAUAUGCUAACCCUGGUGUUGACCCUUUUCACAUACUGUACUUAAUCACUAGGCAGAAAUUAGCAGUUCUACUCUGUUCUUCUGGCAGUGAGUAAGUAAAUAGCAGAAAGAUAUAAUGGAACAAAGCAAAAUUUGGGUGUCUUGAAUAGGAAGAUUAUUUAUAAAAAAAAAAACUUGCGGACGGUUCUGUGGAUAAAAAGACUUAUCUAUAGCUAUUGCAAGGCUGAACUCCAAUAGAAUUGAAGCACCUCAAGUCUGCAGUACUACCUACGCGCUAAACAUGCUUUUGGCGCCAUUCCUCUUGCUACAGAUAAUCCAAUGACAGCAAAUGAAUCCUGCGAGCUGAGACACAGUACACUUACUGAGUUUCAGAAUCACCGCAAGCCCAUGGAUAAAAUGAAGUACAACAGCUUAACCAAUGCUACUGCAAAAUGAACAGCUGUGUACUGCAGACCACUCAACAUUGUAAAUGACAGAGGGCUGAUAGAGGUUAUUCAAAUUGCAUAUUUUAAUCAGUCAAACCUUGCCCUUCCGAGGAACCAGUGCAUCACAAAUACAUGACCUGUAUCACAACAAGAAGGCUACUAAUUUGGAGCUGGAGCUGUUGAAAAAUGCACAAGAUGUUGCUUUGAGUGGUGAUCACUGGACAUCCUUGAGUAAUCACAGUUAUCUUGGAGUCAUGACACACCUGACUGAUGCUGAAUGGACACUGCAGUCAUUUACUUUAACAGUAACACAUAUCAGAGACAUUAUGCUGAAACGCGCAGAGAGUUUCUUGGAUGUUACAAAAGAAUGGAAUAUUCAAGAAAAGGUAACAGCAAUUAGCACUAACAGUGCACAUAAUCUGAUAGCAGCAGCCAGUCCCUUGCCUUUUGAACACAUGAUGAGCAUCGCUCACAGUCUGCAGUGAUCCAUCACAGUACUGCUCAGUGCUGGUGGUUUUGAAAAUGUGAUGGCAAAAUGUAGAAAAAUUGUGGACCAUUUCAAACACAGUCCAGGUUAACAGCGCAGAGCUAAACACACAACAAGCUGCAAAUGGGACAGAAACAAGAACCUCUCAGACAAGAUAUUUCUACCAGACAGAAUUCCACAUUGAGUGUGGUUCAGCACCUGGUAAGAAAUAAAGCUGCUAUCACAACCAUGUUAGCUCUUCAAAAGCACAAUCUAUCAGUGCUCCCAGGUAGUGAUUCUGGAAAACUGCAAAAGCUAGAAACACUACUUAAGUCCUGCAGGUUUAUGACUGAACUCUUUUGAGGAGAACUGUAUGUCUCCUCCUCCGUGAUUUUACCUGCAGUCUACUAUGUAUUUCAUGUUAUUGCAGUCUUGGAUGACAAUCCAGCAUGUGUUGCUCAAUUUAAGAACGCUUUCACUGCAGAUUUAACAAACUGCAAAGAGGGUAGCAAUAUGAGAUUUCUAAAUUAGCUAUAGCACUCAACCCAAGGUUUAAGAAUCUGAAGUCUGAGAGAGGAACGAGGUGUGGAACAUGCUGGCAGAAGUCUUAAAAGAGCAGCACUCUGACAUGGAAACUACAGAACCCGAACCACCACGGAAAAAUCAGCCUUCUGUUGGUGGCAUCUGACUCGGAUGAUGAAAAUGAAGGUGUGCUGGUCCGCACUGCUUUGGAUCAUUAUAAAGCAGAACCUGCAAUGCCUCCAUGGUGAUGACCUCUGCUAUGGUGCUUGAAGCAUGAAGGGGCUUAUGAAAGUUUAGCACAUCUAGCACAUAAGUACCUUGCAACGCGGGCUACAACAGUGCUGUGCGAAUGACUGUUCUUGCUUUCAGGUGACAUUGUAAAUAAGAAGCAUGCAGCAUUAUCUCCCGAGAACAUAAACCAACUUGUUUGUCUAAGUGAUUGGCUGAAAUCAGCAAGGUUCAUUGAAAAAUACUAUUUCUUUUGUUUACCAUUUUUACAGUGCAAUUAUUUCUAAUAAAAAUAAUAAUAAAAAGUGAGGACUGUA